AUGACGGAGAAGAUCCUGGAUCUGACCCUGGAGGUCAACUACCUGCUGACUGGAGAGGAUUACAUUGUUGUGAAGAGAUCUGACGAUCCUACAAUACAGAGAAGCAGUCCCUGUGUGUUAAGAGGAUCCUGCCAGACCCAGGGCUCCAGCACGGUGUGUCCACCUCACUCACUGAUACAUGAGGGAAACAACGAGCAGAACAUCCUGGAACUGACCAAUCAGAUCAUCCACCUGCUGACUGGAGAGGUUUGGAAGCAUUUAAAAGGGCAAAAGGAAACUUACAAGGAAGUGACGGAGAGUCACCACCCCCUCAUCUCCUUGGAUGGUUCCAUAAACAGAAAUGAAAUCAGUGGAUUGUACACUUCAGUUUCUUCUCCGGAUUGUGUAACCAAAGAUCACGAAAUCACAAGUGAUCGAAAAAUAAACUGCGUUACAGUCGGUACACCAAGCAGUAAAUCUUUGAGUCAUGAAACUACAGAAACCGAGAAAGUAAAUCUCAUAGACAUUAAUACGCCCAUAGAACAUAUACAGACUGAAGAUCCAUCUCCUCAUAUUAAGGAGGAACCAGACUCGUGUGACGAAGGAAAUCUCCAGGACACAGAUAUUUAUACACCCAAAGAAGAUGCACAGAUCGAAUAUUCAUCUACUCAUAUUAAGGAGGAAUCUGACUCGUGCGAGGAAGGAAAUCUCCCAGACACAGACAUUUAUACACCCUCAGAAGAUGCACAGAUAGAAUAUCCAUCUACUUAUAUCAAGGAGGAAUCGGUCUCAUUGGAAGAAACAAAUGUUGCUGAAGCUGCCAUUUAUCCAAUCAACAGAGAUAUACAAAUGGAUUAUACAUCAAAGUGUGAAUCAGCAUCAAAUAUUCAAGCAAAACAUAUUCUCAUAAGCAAUAAUAUUUAUACAGGCACAGACAAUACAGAGGCAGAACAUCUCCCUAACCUUAUUAAGGAAGAAUCUGUGUCAUGUGAAGCCAGCACUCUCACCAGCACCGAGGUUUAUACACCCACAGGAGAUAAACAGAUGGACUAUACAUCAAAUAAUGAAUCCCCAUCACACAAACAAGGAAAUCUCAGAGACUUUGACAUUUAUACACCCAGCGAGUAUACACAGAAGGAGUAUCUAUCUAGUCAUGUUAAGGAAGAAUCAGCUUCAUAUCAAGAUGUAAAUCUCACCAUCCUAGACCUUCUUACCCCCACUCAUCAUACUGAAACACAAAACAAAGGAAAUAGUAACUGCUUUGAUGGUGCUAAUGUUUCGUCUACCAAUCCAGAGCUUGUUAAACAGAAGAGUGUCAACAAAGGAAAUACAUUGACCAGUACAGAUUACAUUGGAAAUGAGUGUUUUAAGCAGAAACCACAUCUUCUCACACGUAAGAGAACUCAUAAAGAGAAUAUAAUUUUUUGUUCUGAAUGUGGGAAAUGUUUUGCUAAAAUGUCACGUCUUCGGAUACAUAUGAGGAUUCACACAGGAGAGAAACCAUUUUCAUGUUCUGAAUGCGAGAAAUGUUUUGCUUGCAAGUCAACUCUUAAGACACAUCAAAGGAUUCACACAGGAGAGAAACCAUUUUCUUGUUCUGAAUGUGGGAAUUGUUUCAAUGAUACAUCAACUCUUAAGACUCAUCAAAAGAGUCACACAGGAGACAAACCAUUUUCUUGUUCUGAAUGUGAGAAAUGUUUUGCUCUUAUGUCAACUCUUAAGAAACAUCAGACGAUUCACACAGGAGAGAAACCAUUUUCUUGUUCUGAAUGUGGGAAAUGUUUUGCUCGCAAGUCAACUCUUAAGACACAUCAGAGGAUUCACACAGGAGAGAAACCAUUUUCUUGUUCUGAUUGUGGGAAAUGUUUCACUGAUUUUUCAACUCUUAAGAGUCAUCAAAAGAGUCACACAGGAGACAAACCAUUUUCUUGUUCUGAAUGCCAGAAAUGUUUUGCUCACAAGUCAGUUCUUAAGAAACAUCAGAGGAUUCACACAGAAGAUAAACCAUUUUCCUGUUUUGAAUGUGGAAAACGCUUUCCUCAAAUGUCAUAUCUUAAGAAGCACAUGAAGAUUCAUUCAGCUGAGAAACCAUUUUCUUGUUCUGAAUGUGGGAAAUGUUUCACUGAUAUUUCAACUCUUAAGAGUCAUCAAAAGUGUCACACAGGAGACAAACCAUUUUCUUGUUCUGAAUGCCUGAAGUGUUUUGCUCACAAGUCAACUCUUAAGAAACAUCAGAGGAUUCACACAGGAGAGAAACCAUUUUCUUGUUCUGAAUGUGGGAAAUGUUUUGCUCGCAAGUCAACUCUUAAGACACAUCAGAGGAUUCACACAGGAGAGAAACCAUUUUCUUGUUCUGAAUGUGGAAAAUGUUUCACUGAUAUUUCAACUCUUAAGACUCAUCAAAAGAGUCACACAGGAGACAAACCAUUUUCUUGUUCUGAAUGCCAGAAAUGUUUUGCUCACAAGUCAAUUCUUAAGAAACAUCAGAGGAUUCACACAGGAGAGAAACCAUUUUCCUGUUUUGAAUGUGGGAAGUGUUUCAGACGGAGUUCAGGUCUUCACUCACAUAAGGUGAUUCAUACAAGAAUUCAUCCUCUUGUUUAGAACAUAGAAAAAUCUUAUUGUAAACUUAAUACUUCUAUGUCUGAGGAUUCAUACAGAUUGUAGUAAACGUAUGAAAUUAAUAAUAAAAAUAAUUACUUAAAAACCUA